GCGGGAGCAGCGAGGCAGAGGAUGUCCGCCGACCGACCGCCGUUCCCGUGCGCGCCCGCUGCCUCCUCCAUGAAUUAGCGUGGGGGCGGGGGACGGGAGGGAGGGAGCGAGCGCCCCGGCGGAUCCGGCGCCCCCAGGCAUGGCCAGCUCGUGCGCCGUGCAGGUGAAGCUGGAGCUGGGGCACCGAGCCCAGGUCAGGAAGAAACCCACCAUUGAGGGCUUCACCCACGACUGGAUGGUGUUUGUCAGAGGGCCCGAGCACAGCAACAUCCAGCACUUCGUGGAGAAAGUCGUCUUUCACCUGCAUGAGAGCUUUCCGCGGCCGAAAAGAGUGUGCAAGGACCCACCCUACAAAGUUGAAGAAUCUGGGUAUGCUGGUUUUAUUUUACCAAUUGAGGUUUACUUCAAAAACAAGGAAGAACCUAAGAAAGUUCGCUUUGACUAUGACUUAUUCCUGCACCUUGAAGGCCACCCACCUGUAAAUCACCUCCGCUGUGAAAAGCUCACAUUCAACAACCCAACAGAGGAAUUCAGAAGAAAGCUGCAAAAGGCAGGAGGGAUCAUGGUAAUGUCAGAUGGCACAUCGUUCUCUUCAGGACAGAGCCUUCAUCUCCCCAACCUUCCCAGUAACUCCCUGUCUUUUUCGGAAGUGAAGAAGAAAUCAUCUCAUGGGCCAAAGGACCCAACUAGGAUUCUGAACAUAAAUAGCAGCAGCAGCAGUAGUAAUAGUUUUUCAAAGACCCACAAGUUAACAAAGGAGCACAAGGAGAAAACUUCUAAAGACUCAAAAGAACAUAAAAGUGCCUUCAAAGAACCUUCCAGGGAACACAGCAAAUCUUCCAAAGAAUCCUCUAAGAAACCCAAAGAAAACAAACCACUAAAAGAUGAAAAAAUAGUUCCUAAGAUGGCUUUCAAGGAACCCAAACCCAUGACCAAGGAGCCAAAAUCUGAAAACACCCCCAUCCUUACCAUAACAGGUGGGCAGCAGCAAGACAAGAAGACCCCCACAAAAAAGCCCUCUUUUCUGGACUCUGAUGAACCUUCUGCAAAAAAAAGAAAAAAAAGUGGCUCGGAUUCGUUACUUAAAAGUUUUUCUAGCGCCCCACCGCUGAUUCUUACUUGUUCAACUGACAGAAAACAGACAAAGGAUAGAUCUCAACUCAAGAUGGGGAGAGUCAAAAUUGAAAAUGAUGCACUGGAAAAGAAGACAGCUGCUCUGCCACCGUUUGAGGAUAUUGUAGAUGCCAAUGAUUCUGACAUGGAGGAAAACACAUCCUCCAAAUCUGAAUCUGAACAGCCCAGUCCUGCCAGUUCCAGCUCCAGUUCCAGUUCCAGUUUUACGCCAUCUCAAAACAGCAGACAACAAGGUCCGUUGAGGUCUAUAAUGAAAGAUCUGCAGUCAGACGAUAAUGAAGAUGAGUCAGAUGAAGCAGAUGAGAAUGACAACGAUUCUGAGUUGGAACGACCUGUAAAUACAAGAGGAGGAAGCAGGAGUCGAAGGGUUAGCCUGAGCGAUGGCAGUGACAGCGACAGCAGUUCAGCUUCCUCACCACUACAUCAUGAGCCAGCACCACCUUUACUGAAAACCAACAACAACCAGAUUUUAGAAGUGAAAAGUCCAAUAAAGCAAAACAAAUCUGAUAAACAAAUGAAGAAUGGAGAUUGUGAUAAGGCAUAUCUCGAUGAACUAGUAGAGCUCCACAGAAGAUUAAUGACAUUGAGAGAGAGACAUGUACUGCAGCAGAUAGUGAAUCUUAUAGAAGAAACUGGACACUUCCAUAUCACAAAUACAACGUUUGACUUUGAUCUUUGCUCACUGGACAAAACCACAGUCCGUAAACUACAGAGUUAUCUGGAAACAUCUGGAACCUCUUGAGGAUUCAGCGUCUGCCUGUAUCAAAAACUGUUCUUUAAAUGAAACAUUCAGAAUGAUGCAACCAACAUGAGGGGGAGGGGAUAAAACAAGCCUCCUCAGUUUUAUUUUUCCUUAAAGCCAGUCAUCAUCUCUUGAUAAGGGAGAGGAAAAGUGACAAGACUCAGAGGACCACUCUUCUCAAGAAGAAAAUGCUCUGGAAGUUUGCCUGGAUAGCCUUGAAAAACCAACACACAAAAAAAACACACAAAAAAAACAAACAAAAAAAACUUGGUCUUAAUGAAUGUGUAUGGUAUCAUGUAUCUCUCUCUGUGGUGUUCCAGUCCACAAGAUGAAUGCAUGUUCAACACACUGCCUUACUACAUAACUGAUCUAUUUAUUAUUGCAUACAUGUAUUCUAAAGUCAACGAGCCAUUGAACGACACUACCAGAUGUUGCAAGUAGUGGGGUCCCAUCUGUGCUCUUUUGAUGCAGUACUAUCACAAGCCUAGUAACCUUAUUCAUCUUAAAAUGCCAUUUCUUGCUAUCUUUCUCUAGUCACUUGAAACACCACUUUGUUCUAACACUUCCACGGUUCCAGGAAACAAGAUACAAAGUUGGGGACUAAAGAGUGGUCCUAUAUUUUGUUUCCCAUCUGCCACAGUGGGUUAGACCACAGCAGGUUGGACCGCAGGUCCUUGGCUCUGUCCAGGUAUUGAUCUUGACCAUGGUAGAAAAUGCACCAAACAGGAUCAUAUGACUUGCUGUCUAGCCUUAGUGAAAAAAACAGUGGGACUUUUAACAAAAAUGUUAUGUAUACUGUCCUGAAUCCAGCAUUUUUUGCAGUCUACAUUCUUGUGUCUGUUUUAAUGUUAUAAAACUAAAUAUAUAUGAGUGAAGAUGUUCUGCAGGAUCAUCAUAAAAGAGGGGAUUCUGGUCCUGUCUGCUAAAGAAAUGUUGUAGAAAAUUCUUAAUUUGGAGCUAUUUAUUACUACGACUUUCAACUUCUGCUGCCAGUGUGUGACUCACUUUUACCAUGAAACUAUUUGCUUAACAUUUUUGUUUGUUCAUAUAGUAUAUGGUCUGCUUAGUUUAUUUUGGGGAUUUGUUUCUGGUUUUGUUAUUGUUUGUUUCUACAACUGCUAAAUUAAAACCUUCUAUUUGAAAACAAGAAAAUCUGGUUUUAUACAGUUACAUGUUGGAAUAAAUACAUAUAUAUGUGUGUGUAUAUACACAUAUACACACACCUGUGUAUGUGUGUAUAUACAUACACACACAUGCAUAUAUGCUUUUCACACUUUCCAGAUUUUGUUCAAUCUGUUCAAUAACCUGUUUGUUUUUCCAGAAGGAUUUCUUGUCUAUAAAAAUGAGUAUUCUUUCAUACCAUCCAUUAUUCCUUAAAAUCAGGAUUCUUGUUUGUGCAUGAUCAAAUGAGAGGAUGUGUACUCAGUUUCACAUCGAUGCUCUGUGCUUUCAUAUUGCUGCCGGUUAUCACCCUUCCAUUACAAGUUCAAAUCCCUCAAUGAAAAGAGA